GUUCUGGAAGUCCCUUGCCAUCCAGGAAUGAGAAGUGUCUGUUUUUUUUAAGGCCCAUGUUGAUGAGCGUGGGCGACUUGAUCGGCGAUCUGCAGAAAGAGGACCCAGGAGCUACCGCCUCAGUUCUCUCUAAAGAUGGGGAGCGCAUUGCCAACAGCACGCUGAUCGAUGCCCUGCUGGACAAGGACUUUCAGCUUGUCAUCAACAAUGCAGUUUAUAAUAUCUGCGCUCCUGAAAGGGUGUGUGCAUCUGCUGAGCACGCUAUGGAGCUGGAGGACAUGAAACAUGUCGUGCACCUGCUGCACACGGCGCUCCACCAGCCCGAACACCAGCUGCUGAAGGAGAGGGAGCUCCUGGAGAAACUGGACAACCUCAAACAGGAGCUUUCUCCUCUGGAGAAGAUGAAGGCAGACCUGUCCGGUAAAGCAGACUUCCAGACAUCCAGGGCUCUGUAUGUUGGCCUGGCGCUGCUGUCCGUGCAGGGCGGCGCCCUGGCCUGGCUCACCUGGUGGGUCUAUUCGUGGGACGUCAUGGAGCCCGUCACGUAUUUCAUCACCUACUCGACCAGCAUGGCAGCUUUCGCCUACUAUAUCCUCACCAAACAGGAUUAUGUAUACCCAGACGCCCAGGACAGGCAGUUCCUGCGUUAUUUUUAUAAGGGGGCCAGGAAAAAGAGAUUCAACGUGGAAAAAUACAAUGAACUCAAAGACAAGCUGGCCCAGGUGGAGGAAGACCUGAGGCGUCUGAGAUAUCCAACCCAACUCCAGCUACCAAUUGAACAAAUCCAGCCAAAGCCAUAAAUGAAGCCAAGCCAUGAAUGAUGGUCCCUCAAACUUUAACAGAGGAAAAACAAAACUAAUUUUCCUGCUUUAUUUUGAUAAUAGCAUCUUUUUAUCUCAAAUCCAUGAAAUUGUUUUCUUUAAGUAUUAAUAAUGAUGCCAAUUAUAUAUCAAAAGAAAAAAAAAUAGAACAAAAAUUGACUGCUAAUGAAAUGAAAUGUUUCCCAAACCUCAUUUGAAUCUGGUGUCUUUCUGGUCUGAUUGUGUGAUUGUGAAGCGCUUUGAUUAAAUCUGCAUCGUGGCCGUUACAGGAUUAUUAAAUAAAGAAUGCAAACGCACUUUCUAA